AUGGAUGCGACUGCGAGAGGCUGGCAGAUGAUCGAGAUCGUUACGGUCUUGGUCGCUCUCUGCUUCAUUUCGGUGGUGAUGCGAGUGGUGGCUCGCCUGCAGAGGAGAGUCGGGCUCGGCGUGGAUGACUAUCUUAGUAUCGUGUCGAUGGUAUUGAUGACUGCUAUGUUAAUUGAACUGUGUCUAUGGUGUACAAUUGGAGGCAAUGGCGCCCAUGUCAAGACACUAGAUGCCGAGACCAUGAUGAACUACUGGAAGAUCUUCCUGGCCAACCAAUUCACAUACUUCGUCCUCUGCCCUGCCAUCAAGAUCUCCAUCAUCUGCUUCUACCGCCGCGUCUUCACAACCCCGAAGUUCCGCACCUUUACCUUCGGUCUGAACUGCCUCAUCGGUGCCUGGGGCCUCGUCAUCUUCCUCGCUUGUGCCGGCCAAUGCCGUCCACUCCGCGCAUACUGGGACACCAGCGUGAAAGGCACAUGCUUCGACGCGAACGAGUUCUUUAUCGUCAACCAGGCCUUCAACGUCCUCAUGGACUUUAUAAUCCUCGUCCUUCCAAUCCCAAUGAUCUGGGGCCUCCACCGCGCCUGGCAAGACAAGCUUGCUCUAAAUGGCGUCUUCGCCCUCGGCACAUUUGUCUGCUUCGCAAGCAUCUACCGCAUCGUGGUCCUCUUCUGGAUCAGCCCGGUUGAUCCAACCUACACAGUCUACCAAGCAACCCUCUGGACGCACAUCGAGCCCUCCGUCGGCCUAAUCUGCUCCUGUCUCCCAAUCAUCCGCGGUCUAUUCCCAGCCCUAAAACUCAAGAACCGUUCGAACCGCAACCAAGGCCCAUACUACAUCAACACGGAUAUCAGCCAGUCCAACAUGGUCUCCAAGUGUAGUCCGCGCUUGCCGGAUCUGGAUUACAUGAAGAUGGAAGGGGGCAUGUACGGCAUGACUGGCGAGAGGACUAAUGGUCAUUUCCUGGGUGAUGAUUUGCACCCACUUAAUAUCAAGGUGCAGACUGAUAUUGCAAUUACCCCAGAUAAUGAUUCGAUCUCAUCUUCUAUGCGCCAGGCUCCUCACUGA